AUGGCACCUCGAACACAGAAGUCGACAAGCGGCACGCCGGGCGGCUCAGGAACGCCUGGCCCGGACGAAGGCCCCCAAAUCAGUCCCGGAGGUACGUACGGAUUGGAAGACGUCGUUGUAGGAUGCAAGGCAUUCGUGCAGAAGCCCGACGUGGUCACAGGCGAGAUGGAGGAGAGGAAGGCCGAGAUUCUGUCGAUUCGCGAAAAACCCAAGCCUCGCCUUACUAAGAAGCAGCAGGCGGAGCUGGCAGACAAGCCAGCGCCCACUCUGGAAGAAACGCUCGAGUACUAUGUUCACUACUGCGAAUUCAAUAAGCGUCUCGACGAAUGGGUCAGUGGUACACGUCUCAUCACCUCACGCGAGCUCGAGUGGCCAAAGAAGGAAGUCACUAGUGAUAAGACCAAGCGAAAGGUGAUUCGUGCAGGCAGCGGUGCGACAACUCCCUCGACACCGCUCACACCCACUGGCAAGGGCUAUCGCGGCGCUGGUGCGAGCAACCUGCUCAAGAAGGCCGCCGCACAGGCUGCCAAGAACGUUCAGGGGGAAAGUGGUCUCGAAACACCACAGAAGCGCAAAGCCGAUUCUGGGGACACCUCCACAGCGCAAAGCAUUCGCGCCGACUCUAUUGAUGCGGAUGCGGAUGGCGAAGACGAUGAAAAUGGCGCCGUGGUUGCCAUGGAGAUGCUUGGCGGCAAUGACCAGCAGGAGAAGGACGAUGUUGCUACCGAGAGCAAUGGCGGCCUCACUGCAUCGCUCAACGCCAAUCAAGGUCAAGAGACGUUUAGCAAGAAGCAAGAGAUCGAAAAAUUGCGAACGUCGGGCUCAAUGACGCAAUCGGUCUCCGAAGUGGCAAGAGUCAAGAAUCUCAACAAGAUCCAGAUGGGCAAAUCCGAGGUAGAGACGUGGUACUUUAGUCCUUAUCCGCUCGAAUACGCCCACAUUGAUACCUUGUACAUCUGCGAGAUGUGUUUAUCGUAUUUUCCUUCGCCCUUUACUCUCAAACGUCAUCGAAGCAAGUGUACGCUCUUGCAUCCGCCGGGCAACGAGAUCUACCGCCACGAAGACAUUUCCUUCUUCGAGAUCGACGGCCGACUUCAAAGGACGUGGUGUCGAAAUUUGUGCUUGCUGAGCAAGUGCUUUCUCGACCACAAGACGCUCUACUACGACGUCGAUCCUUUCCUGUACUACUGCAUGGUCAAGCGCGAUGACCUCGGUUGCCACCUGCUCGGCUACUUUUCCAAAGAGAAGGAUUCGGCCGAAAACUACAACGUUGCCUGUAUCUUGACAUUGCCUCAGCACCAGCGAGCCGGCUACGGUAAGCUGCUCAUUGAAUUCUCGUACGAGCUCACUAAGAUCGAAGGCAAGCUCGGCAGUCCCGAAAAACCGCUCUCCGAUCUGGGUCUACUCAGCUACCGUGCCUACUGGGCCGAGAUCAUUGUCGAAUUGUUGCUCAAGACCGAAGACGAGAUCAGCAUUGAGGAAAUUGCCCAAAAGACGGCUUUCACCCACGCCGACAUCCUACAUACCUGCAUGGCACUCAACAUGCUUAAGCAGUACCAAGGCAAGCACAUGAUUGUCUUGAGUGACUUGAUUAUCUCAAAAUAUACGGCCAAGCGUCCUAGAAAACGCAUCAAUCCACAGAAGCUGCACUGGACCGCCAAGAAUUGGCAUCGCUCCCAGCUCAAUUUCGGCUGGUAG